CGCGCCAGGCCCAGUAGUCGUCACUCGCCAGGAAUCAUGAUGGAGGCGGUGAAGGCGGCUGCCUCUGCCGGUUUGAGGCUCGCAUGGACCGCCGUCACCUCACCAGCUGCACGUGUGGCCGCUGUACCGCGUCUGGCGAGGGCGUGCACUACAAUUCCAAGCAAAUAUGAUGAGCGUGAUCCAGCCCCACUCUUCUUUGAUCCAAAUGUCCAAGAAAUCCUCAAGAGAGUCACAGGUAGAAACUAUGACAAGAUAUUUAGGCGCAGAUAUGAUGAAAAAAGGCUAAGUCCUCCUAAAUAUGAGUUCCUGACAGAUGAAGAACUUGGUGAGCUCAGGGAGGAGAUGGAGAAGAAGGCUGAGACCCUCCUGCAGAUGCCACCAGUUGUGAAGCAACGGGAACCAAUCCUGGAUGUGUUGUCCAGGGACCCAGCGCUCGUUGGGUUUGACACCUGCAGGUAUAUCUUCACCGACAUCACUUAUGGUGUGACGGACAGAAAAAGAUUCAUAGUGGUGAGGGAUGCUGAUGGCACCUUGCGGCAGGCAUCAUGGGAGGAGAGGGACAGGAUGAACCAGAUCUACAAUCCACAACCUGGCCGCAAGAUAAGAUCUCACAGAGUUUUUGAAGAGGAGAAUCUGAAGAAUGUGCUGGACAGGGAGGAGUACGAGUUUGUCCUGGACCUGGCCUGUGCACAGUUUGAACCAGACGACCCUGAGUACCAGCGGGUGACGGGACGAGUGUAUGAGACAUUGGAGGCACGGCGCUGCUACCAGAUCCUGCACUCCACUCGUCACUAUGGCCCACUCUGCUUCUAUCUCACAUGGAACAAGAAAAUUGACAAUUUGCUCACUACACUCAUCCAGCAGGAGAUGUUGUCAGAAGGUGCAGACAUUGUGCGCCUCUACUACCUCAUUCAUCCAGACAGCAAAUCUGCUGGCCAUCAUGUGGAUCUCAGUCUGCCCUUGGAAACAAUUAAGGCAUACAUGGAACAGGACUCCCUCCAGCGGGCGAAGCUGCAGCUGGCCAUUCAGGCCUACCAGGAAAUAGUACAGCAGCGGCACCAGUGCCAGGAAGAUGUCAAGGCGGCCCAUGGAUUAUAGGCAGCAGGUAAAUCUUUAGUGCUGGGGACUGAUGCACUGAUAGGGGACACAGUUAUACUUUGUUUAAUGUGGUGGAGAUUUUAUUAAGUCACAGUUUUCAACAUAUGAAAAAACUUUUCAGUACAGAAUUAUACAUUUCACAUGGUAGGCUGUUUGAAACUUCCUGCCUAGCAUCAUUAAUAUUAAGUUUACAUGUCUUAAAAUGUUAACUCUUGCUGACUAGGUUAGUUAAGAAAACUGUUAACAUUUUAAUUUUGUAAUGUGCAAAGCAAGACUGUAAAUAAACUGAUGAUAAGA